AAGGAUAACACUAUGUGUGGAAAUAAGUGCUGUGACUCCACCGGGUGUUAUAGGCACUGGAAAUUACAUAGAAAAAAAACCCUACCUUGUUAGUGGUUGUCGUAAAUAUACUGUUUCUACUACGGGAUGUUGUCUUGAUCAUUCGGGUAGAUUUCAUUCGCUAAAUUAUCGGAUGAGGCAGAAGUAUGGGGCUGAGGCCUUCAAUCCAAAAUCCCUGAAGCCCCAAUUUCCGAAUUCGUUAGGAAGAAAUUUAACAGAUUCGAUCCGGGUCAAAAUAUUAGGUGAUAGGGUUGUAAUUAAAGGCUCAGCUCCAGAGUCACCUAGAAUCUAUGAAGCUCCAGUUUCCGAGUCAGAUGAUGAGUGGUUAGCUCGAAAUUUGGAGCAUUAG